CCCUCUUGUUUGUGGUUUGGUAAACCUCUUCGGCCGUUUCCGUUUGGUCUGGCGAAGGGACUCCGCACCGAUCGAUCGAUCGAUCGAGCUAGCAGUCUCCCCGUCUCCUAAAUCUUUCUCGUUUCGCACCUAGUCGUCCUCGUCGGGGAUUUCUUGUCGAUCUCGAAUUCCAUGGAUUUGGUUGAAGCAUGGCGAUUGGUCGACUGGGGGCAAGAGGGGUACCCGACGUACGAGGACUUCGUGGCGCUGCCCUUCUUCGCACUGUUCUUCCCCACGGUCAGAUUCGUCCUCGAUAGGUUCGUGUUUGAGAAAUUAGCAAAGCGACUUAUACCACAAAAAUCAAGUGAAAAGCUCAGCACCGGAAUAGAUAGCAGGAGAAAAAAGAUCAAUAAAUUUAAGGAGUCAGCUUGGAAGUUUGUUUAUUUUCUUUCAGGCGAACUUCUGGCUCUAUCUGUUACAUAUAACGAGCCCUGGCUCACCAAUACAAGAUACUUCUGGGUAGGGCCAGGGAAUCAGGUCUGGCCAGAUCAAAAGAUUAAAUUAAAACUUAAAUUUGUCUAUAUGUAUGUUGCUGGCUUCUACACAUAUUCAAUUUUUGCACUUUUGCUCUGGGAAACAAGAAGAUCAGAUUUUGGAGUAUCAAUGUCUCAUCACAUGGCAACUGUUGUUCUCAUUGUGCUGUCUUACAUAUUCAGGUUUGCUCGUGUUGGUUCAGUUGUUUUAGCCAUUCAUGAUGCAAGUGACGUAUUCUUGGAAAUGGGGAAAAUGUCUAAGUAUGGCGGUUGUGAGCUGCUUGCUAAUGCAACAUUUCUUUUAUUUGUUGCUUCAUGGAUAAUUCUUCGUCUUAUAUAUUAUCCCUUGUGGAUCCUUCGAAGUACAAGUUACGAGGUUCUCUUGACUUUGGACAAAGAAAAACAUAAGUUUGAAGGACCCAUAUAUUAUUAUGUCUUCAACACACUUCUAUUCUCACUGCUUGUUCUUCAUAUCUACUGGUGGAUAUUAAUGUUCCGGAUGCUUGUGAAACAAAUCCAAUCAGGACAAGUUGGUGAUGACGUUAGAUCAGAUUCUGAAGAUGAAGAGCAACAUGAAGAUUGAUUCGGGGUGUUCAAUAAUACAUGUUGUUGCAUAGCCCAAAAAGUAAACAUUUCAUGUUCAUGAUGUCUAUGUGCUGAUUUGCUAUGUUGCUUUUCUUACUAGAUGAAACAGCGCAGAUAGUAAACAAGAAAACAUCGACUUGUUUUAUAUUUCCAGGUUAACUUUAGACUAAGCUUCAGUUUUCAGAACCAGUAAUCUUCUUGUGUAUUUAUCUUAUUUGUAACUUCUCAUUGGAGACUACUCAAUAAUGGAACAGCUCUCCUAUAUUUAUUCAAGAAACAAAUAGGAAGCAGGAUCAGACACUGUUGAUAUGCUAGAUGUUAGAUUCACUGAAAAAGGUAGUUCAUUUGAUGCUCCCAAGUGUGCCCUUUGUGUAUGGUAAUAUGAAUUAUAAAUUGUGACCAGCUGAAAAUAUUUGUGCUUCUUUCUAACUCUUUCCUGAUUCAUUUGAUCCUCAAUUGGGCGUAAAGGAAAAAUAUUGCUUUGGCUUAUCUCUUGAGACAUUUGCAUGUUAAAAUGAUCAAUAGACAUUGAUUGCUGAUAAUCUGACAUUAAUAGCUUGAAGGUACUGCAUUUAAUAAAAAGUUUCUCUUUAUUUUUUUAGUCUAUCUUUACCAAUAUUAUCCCUAACUUUGUCCAAUGUUGCCUUAAUAUUAUCCAUUCUUCUUUUGCCCAACACCUUGCUGUAAAAUCUCUCGUGUGUUGCUCUUAUUAGGUCUUGAUAAAUUUGUAUUAUGACAUUAUUCACUAGCUUGAUGGUUCUCAAGUUGACUUUCUUUUUUGGAAGGAUCGAAAUCUUACUCUUGUAUCUGUUGGAAAUUGAGAUCUUUGUGCCAUGUGAACUUAGAACCUUGCUAGAAGUUCACAGAGAUUGUUCAUAUGGGUAGUAAAGUUGUUUGAUCCUAAAAUUAACACUUACCACUAAGAAAAAUACUGGCUUUUGUUCCCUUCUUCUUUAAGAAGUUUAUAGCUCAUAUCUUUGUUGAAGAUGUGCCAAAUAUUUUUACUCAUCUGACAGUUCUAAAUGAUUAGGUUCUCUCAUCUUGUAGAAAAUUGAAAACUUUGUGAAGUUGGCACCUGCACCCAACUUUUUUGACCUAGACAUUUUCCUUUUCUCUUUUGGAGGGGGUGACAAUGAAUGAUGCUUAGGUUGGAAGCUAAUUGUUCAACCUGCCUGACCCUCAAAUAUCAAUUUGCUGCCCACUUUAGUCUACUGCAGAAAAUUAAGUUAGAAGCAUUUAACAAAAAUAAGGGACAGAAGUACAUCAGAGGAGGUGAUUGGAAUGACACAGUUUGCUGAGCAACAAAUAAGUUACAGGUCUACAUCUUUGUCCAUGCCUUCUUUCUGUAUAAUAGGUGUAUCCAAAUCAUCCACCUGUGUCUCAUUGGUCACAAAUUCUUGGAGAUUUAUGUUUAAUAAGGAGGCAGGAUGUGUAGCUUACUUUUGGGAAUGUGUGUUAAAGCCUAUAUGUUGGUCAGGUAUCACCAUCUUCAACACACAAAAAGAAAAAGAGUUGCAAAACAAGUGUAAGGUCUUUUUCACAAGACUAAUUCUUCAAAAUUAUGUAAAUAAAAUGUCAUGCAUCGCAUGCUUUAGAAAUGGAGUCAUAUUAACAUCCUACUGCCUCACAAGUUAAAGACUGUUGGUGGAGGAUUGAGGGUCAUAGAAUGAACAACAAGCUUGCAGCCAUUGGCCUAGUUUUUGGUGGCAUUGAAGUGUUCUUGCUCAUUCAAAUAUGUUCGUCUUGGAGAGCAACCAGAAGAGGUUUCUUGGGUUUCAGCAGCUUGUCUACACCUGCUGAUGCAUCAGAGGGCUUAUCCCUGCAAGUCCUGGAGAAGCUCCCUUGCUAUGCUUUUGAAGCAGUAGAAGAGAACAUCCAUUGCAUAGCUGACUGUCCUGUGUGCCUGGAGAACCUUGAGGUGGGUGAUUCCUGCAAGUUGCUUCCAUCAUGUAGUCAUAGUUUCCAUGUACAGUGUUUGGAUACCUGGCUGCUGCAGAGGCCAAGCUGCCCGGUAUGUCGGACCUCUGUGGAUGGCCAGAGAGGAAGGAAGGCCACCCAGGAUGGUGGAGCCAGGAUUGACAUGGGGCAGGUACAAUGGUUCUUAGGAUAUCAAGUUUAGUGUAGCCAAAGCACUCUUUGAGCAAGAAACUUGUUAUAGAGUUAGCUUGAGUAUUAGAGAACAGUAAACAUGAUCUCAUAUUAGAUGUUAUUGUUGCCUUUGCAUAGCUCAUUCUUCAAGGUUUACCAGGUUUAGAUCAUUUAUUGUGGAGUAUUUGAUGCAGAGUUGUUACUACUUCAUUUUACAAUGAACUAUGCAAAAGGACUUGCUGUGGUCAUUUCAAUUUCAUCGAAGUUUGAUAUCAGACAAAUUAGAAAUGCUUGAGAAA